UGAAAACAUAAUUUUUCAAUCACAAACCAAUCAAAGUUUCCUAAUAUAGUAUAUUAGAGCAAAAAGUCUAAAAACAAUAAAUUAAAAUUGUAUUGACAACAAAAUUAAAGGCACGAAAGUUUCUAGGAAGCUAUUCCAAAAAACCUAGUUUGUCUUCUUAUAUGAAUAUUCUACUUAUAAUACUAAAUCUCACCAUAUAUAUCCAAACAAUCUAUUCUAUCCAACAAAAACCCCAUUUACAAUAUAAUCAAACUAAAAGAACACAAACAUGGUGAGUGGUCAACUUUCCCAUGAGCUAGAAAUCAAGGCACCAGCCAGCCAAGUUUGGGAGCUCUAUGGUACUCUUCGUCUAGUAAAGCUCAUCGAGGAACAACUCAAAUCUGUUAUUGAAAAAAUUCAAGUAGUUGAAGGCGACGGCGGUGUUGGAACAAUUCUCCACCUAGAUUUUGUCCCUGGUGCGGCGAAGUUCAAGAGUUUCAAGGAGAAGUUCACGAAGAUAGACAACGAGCAGCGAGUGAAGGAAGUGGAAGUGGUGGAAGGAGGAUUCCUUGAGUUGGGCUUCACACUUUAUCGAGUUCGACUCGAGAUCAUCGAGAAAGAUGAAGGUUGUUCCUUAAUUAAGUCCACCAUUGAAUAUGAAGUGAAGGAUGAUUAUGCUGAAAAUGUUUGCCUUGUGUCUCUUGACAUCCUCUCAGCCGUUGGCCUUAUGGCACAAAAUCAUCUUAACACCUAAAACAAGGUAUUACACAUUCUAUAUAUCACCUCAAAGUCUGAAACCACCUUUUCUUUUUGUUAUGUUACAAUAUUUUUAUAUAAGUUUUAUCAUGUAUGGAUUUGCAAACAUUAGAAUCGAAUCAUGUUCAUUCAGUUUCAGUUUUUUUUUUGAAUAUAUCUCUUUAUAGAUAUAAUAAAGAAUUAAUGUUUGUUAGUGACUCUUCCUUUCCACCUCCUUACAUAUAAAAUUAUGAUAAAUUAUGAUUGA